GCCACCACCACCACAACAAAACAAAAACAAGUCAGGGAGGGAAAGAUUGAAAACGUCAGCGCGACCUCUCUAAUAUCCUGUUAAAUAAUCACGUCAGGAGCAGCCAUGGCCACCGGGGAGCCUAGGGCAAGCAGCAGCAGCGGUAGCAGCGGCAGCCAGCCACCCGUGGAGGAAAUGAUGAACAAAAUUGUGGAAGAGCUUAUGGAGGAGCGUGAGCGGAUGACAGCAGAGGCGGGAAAGGAGGAGACUUGUAAGAAAAACCCCAAUUUUUCUACUGACGUUACAUUAAGUUCCCUGAAAAACUUCAAAUUGAUGUUAGAGAGUGAACUGGAGGCGUUGCAGGAUUUGCCUUUAGAACAGCUGCCCUCCGAACCGGCCCUUCUGCAGGACCUGGCGGAGGAGGACGUGCAAUCGACUGCCCACCGCAAUGCAAGGACACUGGAGUUUAAUAAGAAGAAGCUGGAGGAGCUGAAGGAGACGAAGAGGAAGUAUGAGACCAAGGUGAAGAGAGCUACUAUGGUGAGCCAGGCCCUCAACAAGCUGCAGUCCCAACACCUUUCUGACGAGGAGAAGUUCAUAGCGCUGGAGAGGAAGUACAACAGAUCGUCCGUGUUGUUCCGCUUCUUGAGGGAACACAUGCACUACAUUUUGAUGAAUCUAUAUCCAAAUGAAAUAUCAUCACCAGAGAGUAUCAAGGGCAUGGAGGAGUUAAUGGACUGUCUUGUGUCCCGGAUGAUGGAGCACCCAAAUGAACCAUACGUGCAGCUGGAUGAUACAAUGGAGGAGAGCCUUAUCACCCUCCUGCUGACUGCCAACCUCAUCACGCGCCAUCCCACCGACAUCACGGCCAUCAAGUUUAUUGACCCCAGGGUUUGAGUGGAAAUCAGAAUAGAGGUAUUUUUAUCUUGUGUUAGGAUACUAGGAUGGUUGGCAUUACUAUGUUGGCUUUGGUUAGGUUUUCUUUUCUUUUUUAACUGUCCUGAAUGCAUGAGUUUUAUAGACUGCAGAGUGUGUUUGUUUGCUGGAUCAAGAUGCACAGUUUUAUUAUUAUCAUUUAUCUCAUCCAUCAUCAGUGAGUGUUGAUUUGAUGUAUGCAAUGUGUGUUUUAUUACUUUGGACAAUAACUGCUUUUACAUCCCAUAUUUCAUUGUUUGUAUGGGUUUUACGGAGUACAUGUAUAAAGAUCUUGGAAUGCAUUAAUAUAAUUUGUACAGUAUUCAAGCCUAGAUUUGCCAUGCAGUUGAUUGCUUUACAAUUGGAUUUUCAGGAACACAACCCAAUUAUAUAUCAGAGAAUACCUGAAGAACAAUUAUACUUUAUCAUGGCACUUGUUUCUAGUGGUCAUGCCAACUGUACUUCAGUGUAGGAGUAUAAUACAAUUGCCAUUUUUUUUUUAUUUUUCCAGUUUUCUUAAAUGAGUGUAUACAAAUGCUGGAGUAUCAGCACCAUGUGAAAAAACAAACCUUUAUUACAAAAUGGUAUACAAUUCAAUAACUGGAGAAUAUGGAGAAUGUCUUUUUUG